AGUAUCCUCCCUCGUCUUGUCUGGGCAGCUCACACAGGUCUCUCUACCUACUCGCCUGCCCGCCGCCCGGUGCUCUCGUCCGCUCGCGCAUCGCCUCCUUCCGGUUCCGGAACCUUCUCCUCCGGGCUCCCUCCGGCUAGAUGUUCCUUCCCAAGCAUCCGAGUUCUUCCCGUCCAUGGCGCCCCUCCCUUCAACCAGGCGCUCAUCUCAUUCGCCCUCGCCCCCGCAUCCCGGCGACGACAUCGUCAGGACGGAGGCACCUCCUUCGGCCGUCGGCCGCUGCCUCCUCCGGCUCUCCGUCCAGAGAUUCCCCACUCCCAGUCCCUCCCGCGAAGCGGUCAUCAAAGAAUAAGGCGCCGGAUGAAAUCGGGAGGUCGAAGGCGGUGCGGCCAGGAAUGCGCGAGUCCGCUGGCCCUGAAACUGAAACUGAGGAUCCAUCACCGCAGCGGACGGCCCUGUGGUCGGCGAGGCGGAGGGCGCGCGCUGCGUGGCGGAAGGUGGCGUCUUGGGUGCCCAGCAAGGCCCGGAGUCUCGUACUACUCAACCUGGUCACCCUUAUAUUUGCUAGCAACAUUUCAGUUGUGAAACAGGCGGAGGCUCUUUUGGACCCUGACCUUUUCAAUAUGUUAAGGUUCACUAUAGCAGCCAUCCCUUUUGUGCCGCUGUUACUAAAAUCGCUGAGGGAUAUGCAAAUCCUUUUUAGAGGAAUAGAGUUGGGCAUUUGGGUAAGCUUGGCCUACCUGGCUCAGGCUAUGGGGUUAGUUACAGCUGAUGCUGGGCGCGCAUCUUUCAUUUCUGCACUCACUGUGAUCAUUGUCCCUUUCUUGGAUGGUCUUAUUGGAGCAGAAGUACCUGCUCAUACAUGGUUUGGAGCAUUUUUAUCACUUCUUGGUGUUGCUAUGCUGGAGCUAAGUGGUUCUCCGCCAUGUAUUGGUGAUCUUCUGAACCUUGUGAGCGCUUUUUCUUUUGCAAUUCAUAUGCUCAGAACUGAGCAUAUUUCCAAAAAUAUAAAGGAAGAAAAUUUCUUAACUCUUGUUGGAUGUGAGGUGUUUGUUGUAGCAAUCCUAUCAGCAGCGUCAUAUAUUUUUAAAUGCUUCACACGAAAUGUGCAACACUGGAAUUUCAAAACAUGGCCACCAUCGGAGUUAUUUGGUAUGGUGAUGGUUUUUCCUUGGCCAGCAAUUCUAUACACUGGCAUAUUCUCGACUGCGUUUUGUUUGUGGGCAGAGGUGGCUGCUAUGCGUGAUGUAUCAGCUACAGAAACUGCAAUUAUUUAUGGUCUGGAACCUGUAUGGGGUGCUGCUUUUGCAUGGGCAAUGCUCGGUGAGAGAUGGGGCACGACAGGAUUUGUCGGGGCUAUCUUGAUCAUAGCUGGCAGCUUGAUGGUUCAGAUAUUUGGAGCAAUCCCUGAUGUAUCUAGAGGAGACAAUUAUCAGAUGAACAGUUAAAUGUACAUAUUACAGAAGAUGAAGCAAGUUGUAAUUCAUGAUGAAGCAACCUUUUUCUUUUCUUUUAUAGGGUAGCUAUCUAAUAACCUAGCAAUAGCAAGCAUGUCAGCACAAAGAAAUCCAACAAUUGUUAUGACACUAGUAGGCAGUAGUGCAGGGAACCGAAGCUCUCUGGUUGACCCAACACAGAUUUGUGCUGAAUUCUGACUUUUCUAUGCAUUUAGAUAUAUACUAUGUUUAGAUACAUAAUGAAAGUAAUGUAUCUAGAAAAGCCAGAAAUGUCUUAUAGUUUGCAACGGAGGGAGUAGAUAGGAACCAGUUCUUCAAGCAGAUUGAAAAAGUUACUUUCACCAUGUAUUUUUCAUAUCCAAUGUUUCUCACUGUAGAUUAAAAAGCAUAUGAUCAUCAAUUCAUCAUA